AUGACCAACAGUAGCUUCCUUAGACCUUCUACCUUCCUUCUAUCAGGAAUCCCAGGAAUGGAAAGUGGGAAUGUGUUGCUGGCCAUCCCUUUCUGCUGCAUGUACACUAUUUCCAUUCUGGGAAACAGUGCAAUCCUCUUUGUCAUCAAAGCAGAGCGCAGCCUCCAUGAGCCCAUGUACCUCCUCCUGUGCAUGCUGGCUGUCACAGAGCUUGGUGUGUCUCUGUCUACGCUCCCCACAGUGCUGAGAGUGCUACUCUUUGAUUCACGGGAGAUCAGGUUUGACGCCUGCCUCGCCCAGAUGUUCUUCAUUCACUCCUUCGCCAUCCUGGACUCUGGGGUGCUGUGGGCCAUGGCCUUCGACUGCUUCAUGGCCAUCUACAACCCCUUGCAGUAUGCAUCCAUCCUGACCAACCCCAGGAUAGGUGUCAUCGGGCUGGGGCUGACAGUGAGGAGCGUUAGCCUCUUGCUCCUUACCGAUACUUCUGAAGAACCUGUUGUUCUGCAGGUCCCACGUGCUGGCUCACUCCUUGUUUGCACCCCAACUUACUCCAGCUGCCCUGUGCAGAUAUCAAGGUGA